AUGGAGGACCAGGAACACCAAGUGGUCCAGGAACACCAGGAAGUCCAGGAAAUAAACCAUGCAAAGGCAAGCCAGGUUCGCCAGGAGGACCAGGAGUGCCAGGCAACCCAGGAACACCAGGAGGCCCAGGAUCUAAUGGAGAGCCAGGAACACCAAGCUCACCAGGCCACCCAGGCGUACCAGGAGAACCAGGAACACCAAGUGGACCAGGAACACCAAGUGGUCCAGGAACACCAGGAAGUCCAGGAAGUAAACCAUGCAAAGGCAAGCCAGGUUCGCCAGGAGGACCAGGAGUGCCAGGCAACCCAGGAGCCAAGCCAGGUGGCAAACCAGGCAAGCCAGACAAGCCAGGUGGCAAACCAGGCUCACCAGGAGGCCCAGGAGGCCCAGGCGGCCCAGGAACACCAGGAUCAGGUGGUCAUCCAGGAACACCAGGUUCACCAGGAACACCAGGAGUGCCAGGCAACCCAGGAGCACCAGGAGGCCCAGGAUCUAAAGGAGAGCCAGGAACACCAAGUGGUCCAGUAA